AAAGAUGUUCACUCUCCCAAAAAGAAAAAAAAGCCCUGCACGUUUACUACAGUCAGUGCGGUAAUUCUGAUGCAGGUGUAAAGAUUCCUCCUCCGCUGCAAGACGAUAAAAAAGCUCCACGCUGUAAAUAAAAAGCAGAAGCAAACAUCCUGUAGCAGCAUCUCAUUACUGCGCUCAUUACUGUUCACCUCAGUGCGCCUCAUUGUCCACAAGAGGUCAGACAUUAACAGCACAAGUCAUAAAUAGCGCACUAAAUACCCCUGCGUCCUUACUCCACACACAGCAGCUGUGAGCAGAGGCCAGGCAGGGCGCACUCGAUUUCUCCCGUUUUUCUCUCUUUAUUUAUUUAUUUUUUAAAAUGUGAAUCAGUUUUUUUUUUUAUCGUGGAGUAAACAUUUACUGUUCCCUCGGAGUGAAACAGUCAGAUUUGAAGAAGUGGGUCGAGGUCACGCACAUCCAGGCUCUCAUCUGCACGAUCUCCCCCCGCGUCUGAUCUGUGUAAUCGCUCAGUUUUCCAGUUGAGUCCACACAUUCUGCUCAUAGUUUGUUUUCCCAGUGCGGCAGGUCGACUUGUCCUGGUGUAGUUCUCACAAGUCAGACUCCUCUGUGGCUCCACUUAACUGAGAAGUGGUUGUCACGCCUUCUCUGCUGGAGGAGGCAGGUUCAUACCGACACACGGUCUCGCGUCUCGGAUACAAACGCGUGGCCCGCACUCACAGAAGCUGUAUGUUGUUGAGUAGUUGCGCAACCAAACAGUUCACACAGGCUUUGAGGUGCAAUGGCAAAAGAGAACUUCCUCUUCUUCUGUGGUGAUUUUAACCUCAACUGAACUCGCGCUGAUUUAUUGUUCUUCUUCUUUCUUUCUUUUUUUUUUUUUUUUUAAAUUGUACUUUUCUCAAAACCUUGGAAUAUCUGAGUGCCAAGGGGGAAGCGCGCGGUCAGUGGCGCCGGCGGACUGACUUGACUUCUCCUCCACGCAGGAAUGGCCACUGCAAGGCUUGAUUACGUCGCUCCGUGGUGGACAUACUGGCUGCACAAUUUCCCCCACUUCAAUUUCUUCUUCCAGCCGAUCGACAACACUUUCAAGCCGGAGGAGGCGAGCUACCAGCAGUCGCUGAUCUUUCUGGCAUGCGUCGGAGCCGUGGGUCUGGGUCUGAGCCUGCUGGUUCUGACCGUGUACCUGAUCUGCCUGUGCUGCUGCUGCAAGGACAUGGACGAAGACAGCAAAAGGCCCGAGACCUGCUGCGUCACCUGGGUCGCCAUCAUCACAGGUCUCAUCAUGUGUUCGGCCGUAGGAGUGGGUUUCUAUGGAAACAGUGAGACCAACGACGGCGUGUACCAGCUGACCUACUCGCUCUACAACGCCAAUCACACAUUGGGCGGCAUCAACAACCUGGUCGCUGGAUCUCUGGGCGACACAGAAACUGGACUCAAGCAGCACCUGGAGCGUCUGGACGAAAUCUUCUCCACGAGCGCCGACUACCUCAAAACUCUGCGCUUCAUGCAGCUGAUGGUCGGCAACAUCAUCCGCGAGCUGACGGCUCUGCCCGACAUCAGCAAAGCCAACGUGGACCUGGCGGCCAUCGCCGACCAAACAGCCUUCAUCGAGUAUUACAGAUGGCUGAACUAUCUGCUGCUGCUGAUCCUGGAUCUGGUCAUCUGCUUGGCCAUGUGCCUGGGGAUGGCCAAGCAGUCUCGGUGGCUGCUCAUCACGAUCAUGACUUUUGUGGCGCUGUCCCUGAUCCUGAGCUGGGCCUCACUGGGAGCGAGCACCGCUACAGCUGUGGGCACCAGCGACUUCUGUGUGUCUCCUGACAAGUUUAUUGUCAACCAGACCAAGGAUUUCCUCAGCGCAGAUGUUGCACACUAUUAUUUGUUCUGCAGUCCAAAUCUACAGAACCCCUUCCAGCAGUCUUUGACAAUCUGCCAGCGUUCCCUGACCACCAUGCAGCUCCAGAUCCAGGGCCUGCUGCAGUUCUCCGUGCCUUUCUUCCCCACCGCCGAGAGAGACCUUUUGGGGAUCCAGCGACUGUUGAACUCCACUGAGUUCAGUGUACACCAGCUAACAGCCUUGCUCGACUGCCGCGGGCUCCAUAAGGACUACCUGGACUCACUAAUGGGUGUGUGCUACGACGGGGUGGAAGGGCUCCUCUACCUCUCUUUGUUUUCUCUGCUGGCUGCCUGCGCGCUCUCCGCCAUGCUGUGCGCCGUUUUCAGAGUGUGGACGCUAAUGGCCAGCAGGGACAAAGAGUAUGACGACAUCGACGAGGAGGACCCGUUCAACCCGGACGCACGGCGGAUGUCCUACAACCCCAGAAGGUCCAACGUCCACAGUUUCUGCAGCUACACGAGCAGCCUGGGCAGCGUGGCCAGCCUUCAUCCACCUCCGAAUCCUACCACAGCGCCUCCUGAAUACAUGAACCAGUCCAUGCUGUUCGGAGGGAGUCCUCGAUACGAGAACGUGCCGCUCAUAGGGAGAGGCUCCCCACCUCCCUCGUAUUCACCCAGUAUGAGGACCACCUAUCUCUCUAUGACUGACGCCCAGAUCAGACACUUUGGGACAGACUUCCAGGUGUAGCCCGCCCACCUGCUGAAUCCUUUUCAGAGAAGAAGCACCGACUGAGACUCUGAGUCCUUAACCGAGGAGGCUGCCUUCAUGGAGUAAUCCUGUUUACGGGGAGCCGCAGCCCGCCGUCCCAAUCCGAGACAUGAAAGCAGGCCAUACGAGACAAUUACCUCAGUCACACACCAGUGCGGCGCUCUGAAAGCCCUGCAUGCAGAUCCAAACAGAGGCGGUCUGAACGGGUUUCACCUCCAGACUGUUAUUGAUGUUGUGAUGUGUGUAAGCAUUCCUAUGAGCUGAAUCAAGAGCCUUUUGAAUUGAUUGGAUCAAAAAAUGUUGUUGUUUUUUUUUUUUUGCUAUUUCCUCUGGUGGCCUGCAUGUGUGAUCAUCCAUUCGGUCAGUAUUUUGAUCUCGAGUGGGACGUCUGAGUACGACCCACAGUCCUUUCAUCGUGGCAUUUUGAUUGUGUUUCAACCAAACAACAAAAGAUGUUGACAGCAGCUGUAACGGAUAUUGCCGUUUUGUCGUGAGCAGCCAAAGAUUUGAUAUUUGUGUUUCUCCUUUUGACUAUGCAACUGCGCCACAGGUUUAAGCAUCCCUCUGUUCUCGUUGUAAAUAAUUGCAAAGCGCAUCCUGCUAAUCAGGGAUGAGUCUUUUGGUUUUAUUGUUUUGGGUUUUUUUGCAACAUUUUGGAACCGUAUAGCAGUUGCAUGCAGGAAAAUUCCCCCCCUGAACUAAAUAAGCACAAGAGGAUGGGAUUUAAUUCGCCCUCCAGGCAUGUGUGACUGCGCCACGGCACAGCUGGCAAACAUGAAAUGAAUAUGCAGAAAUGUAAAGUCUGGUCUCGGAUCCAUCUGCCCGCAGUGUGUGUCCUGUGGAAGAGAAAUUAUUCUCUUCAGUGUCGGAUCUGCUGUUUUGUUUUGUUUUUUCUUUCUUUAUGGGAUAAUGUAAAAACUAAUGUUUGAACAUAAAUGCUGUAUUAAAAAUGUGUGUUGUUCUU